CUGACGGACUGUGCCUCUCUGUAAUGGCUCCUCCUGCUACUGUAGAACGGGACUAGACGUAACACCAGCGCAGGGGAACGGGAACAACACACCGCGUACGUUUUACUGGAGCCGCGGCUAAACAUGGCAGAUCGUAAAAUGACAACAAAAAAGACAUAAACAAUGUGCUCGGUGUCGCCUCUUCUGCUGUGAAGGCUUUAGCAUUUCUUUCAAGAUUAACAACACCCCAAAUGAACUCCGUCAGAGCAAGCAACGUUAGCAGAAGACCUAGGCGAGUGUCGAGGCCGCGCCCGGUGCAGCCGGAGAGGAACCACCAGGAAAGAGAUGAGGACGUUCCUGCAGAUAUGGUUGCAGAAGAAUCCGGUCCAGGAGCUCAGAAUAGUCCCUACCAACUUAGAAGAAAGUCUCUUCCCAAGAGAACAGUGUGUCCGACAAAGACGAACAUGGAGGGUGCUUCCACUUCGACCACAGACAAUUUUGGACACCGACCUAAGCGUCCCAGAGUUUCAGGGAAGUGUCCAGAUUUACCCGCAGCUCCAGCAGAGCAGUAUUUGCAGGAGAAGCUACCAGAUGAGGUGGUGUUAAAGAUCUUCUCGUACCUGUUGGAGCAAGACUUAUGCCGGGCUGCAUGUGUGUGCAAACGCUUCAGUGAACUGGCCAAUGACCCCAUACUUUGGAAGAGGCUGUACAUGGAAGUCUUUGAAUACACACGGCCCAUGAUGCACCCUGAGGCAGGGAAGUUCUAUCAGAUAAACCCAGAAGACUACGAGCAGCCAAACCCUUGGAAGGAAAGUUUUCAGCAGCUGUACAAGGGAGCACACGUUAAACCAGGCUUUGCAGAACACUUCUACAGUAAUCCUGCCAGAUACAAAGGGAGAGAUAACAUGUUUUACUAUGACACCAUUGAGGAUGCUCUCGGUGGAGGUCAGGAGCCUCACUUUGACGGCCUGAUAUUCGUCCACUCUGGUAUUUACACAGAUGAAUGGAUCUACAUCGAGUCACCAAUCACAAUGAUUGGAGCUGCUCCUGGAAAAGUAGCAGAGAAGGUCAUCAUUGAAAACACCAGAGACUCCACGUUUGUAUUCAUGGAAGGCUCAGAAGAUGCUUAUGUUGGAUACAUGACCAUUAGGUUCAACCCCGAUGAUAAAUCCGCCCAACACCACAAUGCACACCACUGCUUGGAGAUUACGGUCAACUGCAGCCCCAUCAUCGAUCACUGCAUCAUACGCAGCACGUGCACAGUGGGGUCAGCUGUGUGUGUUAGUGGCCAGGGUGCUUGUCCCACAAUCAAGCACUGCAACAUCAGCGACUGUGAAAAUGUUGGUCUGUACAUCACUGACCAUGCACAGGGAAUAUAUGAAGACAAUGAGAUUUCAAACAACGCUCUGGCUGGGAUCUGGGUGAAAAACCACGGAAAUCCCAUCAUCAGACGGAAUCACAUCCACCACGGCAGAGACGUGGGUGUUUUCACAUUUGACCACGGCAUGGGUUACUUUGAGAGCUGCAACAUUCAUAGGAACCGUAUAGCUGGAUUCGAGGUGAAGGCGUACGCCAAUCCGACUGUGGUUCGUUGUGAGAUUCAUCACGGUCAGACAGGAGGCAUCUACGUGCAUGAAAAAGGCCGGGGCCAGUUCAUUGAAAACAAGAUCUAUGCAAAUAACUUUGCUGGUGUGUGGAUCACAUCGAACAGUGACCCCACAAUAAGGGGAAAUGCUAUUUUUAAUGGCAAUCAAGGUGGUGUGUAUAUUUUUGGCGAUGGCCGAGGCCUCAUUGAAGGAAACGACAUCUACGGUAAUGCCCUAGCAGGAAUCCAGAUCAGAACAAACAGCUGCCCCAUUGUCAGACACAACAAGAUCCACGACGGCCAGCAUGGCGGGAUAUACGUGCAUGAAAAAGGACAAGGCGUCAUUGAAGAGAACGAGGUGUACAGCAACACACUGGCAGGAGUGUGGGUGACGACAGGCAGCACGCCAGUACUGAGGAGGAACAGGAUACACAGCGGGAAGCAGGUUGGGGUCUACUUCUAUGACAAUGGCCAUGGUGUGCUGGAAGACAAUGACAUCUACAAUCAUAUGUAUUCUGGAGUUCAAAUUAGGACUGGCAGCAAUCCUAAGAUCAGGAGGAACAAGAUCUGGGGAGGCCAGAAUGGAGGCAUUUUGGUUUACAACUCAGGCUUAGGCUUCAUCGAGGACAACGAGAUCUUUGACAAUGCUAUGGCGGGAGUGUGGAUCAAGACGGACAGCAACCCCACUCUGAGGAGAAACAAGAUCCAUGACGGCAGAGAUGGUGGAAUCUGUAUAUUCAAUGGUGGAAGAGGGUUGUUAGAAGAAAAUGACAUCUUCAGAAAUGCCCAAGCAGGAGUCCUCAUUAGCACCAACAGUCAUCCCGUCCUACGAAAAAACAGGAUAUUUGAUGGUUUUGCUGCAGGUAUUGAAAUCACCAACCAUGCCACAGCGACUCUAGAGGGCAAUCAGAUCUUCAACAAUCGCUUUGGGGGAUUGUUUCUCGCAUCUGGUGUCAAUGUUACAAUGAAAGGUACUGUCACAGCAAUUUCUCUUGGCAAAACAAAACAGUCUGAUCCAAAUGUAACUGACUGUAUUAUCUGUGCUUUUGUUUUUCUUUUAGAUAAUAAAAUAAUGAACAAUCAAGAUGCCAUUGAAAAGGCUGUGAGCAGAGGUCAGUGUCUGUACAAGAUUUCAAGUUACACCAGCUACCCAAUGCACGAUUUUUACAGGUGUCACACCUGUAACACAACCGACCGCAACGCCAUCUGUGUGAACUGCAUCAAGAAGUGCCACCAAGGACACGAUGUGGAGUUCAUCAGACACGAUAGAUUCUUCUGUGACUGUGGUGCAGGGACGCUGUCUAAUCCAUGCACGCUAGCCGGAGAGCCAACUCACGACACAGACACACUGUAUGACUCAGCUCCUCCUAUAGAGUCCAAUACACUGCAGCACAACUGAGCAGAAGAGCUGAGUUCCUUUUGUGCUCCAGCGGGAAUGGACAUAAAGACACUUUAAGUUGUGCCGUGGAGGAGGAAAUCCAAACUACAGAUUCACUUUUUUCCCAGAGCAUAUACAGUGGCAUAACAUUUUAAGACUUCAACAUGAAUAUGCUAAAAGAAGACUUUUAGACAAAAAAAAGAGCGGAAAGUCUGGUCGUGGAUGCCUCACAUUUUUUUUUUCCAUCAGUUAUUUUUCAAAAAAUAAGAAAAAGUUGGGACAGAGCAAAAGAGCAGCUGGCUCAGGGUUUGUGGGUGUGUUGGUUCAGUCAAGUGAAACCGAUGAGAAGUGGAGGAAUGAGAUACUGCAGUAAUGUACAGCCCCAUCGCCAACAGACAGUCAGAAGAGGCACAACUUUCUCAUGAAGAGGCAAAGGCCCAAAAUACAAAAAUGCUUCCAUCACUGGGCAUCCGACGUGCCCGUGCGAUACGUACGGGAAAAAUGAUCUAGCACUUCACCUCCUUUUGCCCCCCCAUCCACCCCCACACAACUGUUGAAAUUUGAUUUUAAUGCUUUUUUGUGUAGUUUUGUAUUUUUCAUGCAAAGAUCUUACUGUACUUGAAUGUCUUUAUUUUAUUAAAUGUGUUUAAUUUUUUGUUUAUUAUACCCUAGAAUUGCUGUAAUUACUCAUGUCGCAGUAUCUAACUUCUUUCUAUGAAAGAGAUCGGAGAAAAGAGAGAAAAACACUAUAAACAUUUUUUUUCUCCAGCAACGUUGACUCACAUUUGCAAUACAGUGAAAUAGAUGCUGAAUUGUGCUUUCACAAGACUCGUUAGGGACUGAACAGUUGUUUUUUUUACGUUAAUGUAUGCAUAUGUUCCAUUUCUCAUGCAAUACAAGUUACCAUAAGGUGUGAGAAUGCAACGAGGAGAAAAGGCUGCAGUUGUAUCACAAUUUAUGGAUGUCAUUUUGUAAUUACAAUACACUUUUUAUUGGAUUAAACUGUAACUGCUGGUUUUGUCAAAGGUUUUUAUGUAUUACAUGAUGAUCUGUUGGUUUGUACCCUCGGUGUUACAUUGAUUAGUCGUCACUGAUUUCAGCUCAGUAGAUUUCGAAAUCUACAGGCAAUUUUUUUCCCUGUAUUCGAGUCAACAGACAUGCACAUAUGCUGCUACUUAGUCAUUAUUACACAUAUUUGAGACAUUAUAUGAUUAAGGCUGAGACUAAGUCUUGUGAAAGUACAGAUAUUUACAUUUAUCCCCUCAUUUGUCAAUGUUGCUGGAGAACUUACAGUUUUUACUCUACUGAAGCUGAGACAAGUACCUAUAUACAGCGCUAUAUGGUUUCACCCCCCCAUUCAUGUGUAUUGGUGAUUGUGGGUUCUCAUACAGAUUGAAAUGUAUGCAUGUAUCAUAACAUCUAGACUUAAUAUAUUGUGAAGUAUUCAAUAACCAUUAUGUAGGCGCUAGUGUGCAUUAAAAGGGAUUUCCUAGAUGAAACAUUGUCUUUUUUUAAAAAAUAAACUUUAUUAGAUCGUUA